AUGGUCAUGAUCGUCGUCAUGCUAGGCAGGUUCAUUGUGCCAGGCAGGUUUUGGCUGAGGAAGCCUCACAUCGUGGUCGUAGCACCUUGGAUGAAAUUGACGAUUUACAAAGAAGUUGAUGAACCUGGCACACUACAAGUUGUGAAAGAUGCUAUAAUUGUUGGGGAAUCUCGAUCUCAAAUUGGAGACGAGACUGAGGUGACUAAUGAUCCCGUUUAUGACAAUUAUGGAGCGGACGAAACUGCCUUCCGGGGUCACCUGGCAAGAGAAAUAAAUUUGGGGAGUUUUAAACAAACUCAAGACACAGAAGCAAUAGUUACAGAUCAGAAUUGCAGAAGAAAUGUUGUCUUGGAAAGCAAGUAUAGGUCACCUAAGAUUGUGAAUGAUGGGGCUACAGUAGCAAAAGAGGUUGAACUAGAGGACCCUGUUGAGAACAGCUGGUGUCAAACCAAUGAUUUGGCUGGGGAUGGAACUACUGUAUAUGUUGUUCUUGCUCAAGGCAUGAUUGUAAAAGGUAUUAAGGUAGUUGCAGCUGGUACUAAUCUUGUUCAGAUUGCCCGUGGUAUUGAAAAAACUGCCAAAGCAUUAGUUGGUGAACAUAAGGAGAUGUCUAAGGAUGUUGAAGACAGUGAACUUGCAGAUGUUGCUGCAGUUAGUGCUGGUAAAUAUUAUGAAAUAAGAAACAUGAUAGACGAGGCAAUGAGCAAGGUCGGAAGGAAGGGUGUGGUUACCUUUGAAGAAGGGAAAAGUGCUGAAAACAAUCUUUUUGUUGUUGAGAGAAUAGCAAAGCAUUUGGGUGGUGUUGUUGUUAUUCAGGUUGGAGCACAAACCGAAACUGAACUAGAAGAGAAAUUAACUUUAGCAUAA